GCGCAUGUGCGACUCAGUCUCGCGCGCAUUCUGUCCAGCCAUCGCGCCCAUCGCGUGUCGCGUGUGCAUCAAGAAUCAAGAGCCGUACGUAUAUUGUUCAGUGAGCAAGUCUGAAUGUGUUUCUGUCCCGUUUUGUUCUGAUUUCCUCUUUGGGAGGCUAAGACUGCAUAGGAAUCUGCUACCACACCACUGUUUUGGUCAAUAUAAACAGGCUUUGAGCUUGCCAGUGUUAAUAAUCUCGAAGGAAGAAGGAAGGAAAAAAUAUGGAAUGGUGUAUUUGCCAUUUUCAAAUAGAUGACUCUGUAGAAGUUGUCCCAAAUAAUUGGAUAACUGGUAAAAAUCUAUGUGUGUGGCCAUUAACAACAAAACCAUCUAAACUAUUAGAGCUCAUUAAAAGAAAAGAGAUUCCUAAAGAUGAUUGGAAAACAAUGAAUAUCAAAAUUUUAGGACGAUAUAACGAUUAUAAAAUUGCUCAAAGAAAAUGCAAAACUGCAUUGGAUAGAGAUAAUCUCUCAUCAUUAUCUGAAUCUGCUGAAUAUGGAAAAGGAUGUCGUGUACCGAAACGUAAAAGACAGUACAGUGAUACAUACACAGAUACCGAUACGGAAAGCGAUGAGUGUGGCGAAAAGGAUUUGUCCAUUAAUUUUCCGACAUAUAAAGCAGAUAAGACUGGUAUUUCAUCAAAUUCGAACAAUAAUGUUGGCCAAGUCAGUGAGAGCAAUAAAAAGCAAAAUUCAGACAAUAUUUUAACUGAGAUCCGUACUAAUAAAUCGAAUAAUAAUGUUUACCAAAUCGGCGAAAGUAAGAAGCAAAAUUCUGAUAAUAUUUUAGCUGAGAUCCAUACUAAUUUUAAAAAACACGCAAUUGAAAUGAAAGAAUUUCAACGCCAAGUUCUACGACACUUACAUAGCAUUAAUGGCCGCAUGGGAGAAUUAAAUGAGCACGUAGAAUCAUUAAAACAAUCUAAUUUUCUCGUUGAUCAAGAAAAUACUAAUCAAAAUAUUAUAAAUGAAGUAUCAUUACAAUGCAUAGAAAAUUUGCCAGUAAAAUCAAAAAUGGAGCUUCAAGAAAUUGAGAGAACUUUACAAGAUAAAGGAAUAUUCCAUGAUGUGGCUGCAGAAUUGUCGAAAAUGGGCGGUAGUAAUUUACGAAUUAUUGUCAAGAAAUUGAUGUGCCGAAUUUUAACACCGGAAAUUGGAAGAGAAUACAGCUGGGAGGGGCACAAGGGGAACCUAAUUUUUAAGGAUUUACUUCUGGCAAAAUUAGUCCUUAAAUCCGUAAGACUUACUACACGGAAAAGUCCUGUAAUUAUAACAGAUGAUGAAAUUAUAAACAUCGUUAAAACUUGGUUGGUAAAAGCCAAAUUAAAAACAAAACCAACACAGCAAAAUGAAGCCAAUCGUUCGUGUAAUAGCGAACAUUAAAAAUGUUAAAAGUUUCUUGAAGAACUACUACUCUAAAGUACAAAUUUAAUAACCGUGAUAGUUUUUGUGCAAAAAACAAGUAUAAUUUAUUUUAUGUUUUUAAAUAUAAUGUACUUCAGUAAGA